AUGCUGAUCUCAAAACCUUCAUUGUGUGUGAUUCUUCUGUUUGUUUCUGUACAUUCCGUUCCGAGUAUAUCGUCAAGUCCUCAAGAACAACUCUCGCAGAAGCCAGAUAAUGUUCCUUCAAACGAAGGUUUGUUUUGGUGUAACUUUAAGAUUUAUUUUAACUAGCUCUCUGAAGAAACUUUUCUGAGAUGACUUUUUCAAAUGCGAUUCAGUCCCCGUACCGUUUAUAAAACAUUACUAGUUCUGCAAUACUUUUCUAGCGCUGUCAUUUAUCAGCAGAUUUAUGCAAAAUGGUGGAAUAAUGAAUAUGGUCAACAAGAUGUUCAUUAUGGAUGAUACCAAAAGCAAGAUGGACUCUGGAGACGCAACUCAACACCAGCCUGAGUCUUCUUUUUCCAUCGACUCAGCCCCGAGUCAGAUUAGUGAGUCAUCGUCGCGAUAAAGUCAAUUUUAGAUGAUUCCAAACAAUGGAAGUCUCUGUUGUUGGGCCCUCGAGGUGUCUUGACGGAGAUUUUUAACCAGGUAAAAGACAAAAUGCAGAGCCAGUACAGUGAAGACAUGCAAAAGAUGACUAAUAUAAAGCAAGAAAAACAACAUGACAUGUCUCCCGGUAUGUACCAGUUGAAUUAAUUCAUGUUUAGAACAACUCAACUUUGCCCGAGUAUUCGAAACGUUUAUGCAAAAAGCGGGUAAAGGAAACUUCGAUGAGCCCUUGCCUGAACUUCCUUUUAUUGGAAUAUGCAAUCGACUCAACUGCGGGGACAUUUAUAAAGCCGUCGACGAGUUCAGGAAAAGUGAUUUCUUCUCAAAUUUCCAGGUUAGUAAAGUAAAUUCCAAGUAAUUUAGGAAACACUGGAAUAAUAGUCGCGCCAUAAAGCCUUGGCACAUUUGCACAGUGCGUUUUUGUUUUCCUUUAAAAAAUCGCGGCAAUUCCCCGUUUCUUGCACUAGCGACAUGCACCUUCGCGCGAGCUCGCUCCAAUUUUCUCGCGCGACACCCGCAACAAAUGUCAGGACUUUAUGGCGCGACUAGUUUUAUUGUUUCAGACAGCAAUGGGGUUGAUCCAUGACCCCAAAGGAUGGGAUAUCAUCGGAAAGGUUCUGGAAAACCCCGAGCUUAUCGAGGAUUUCACUAACAAGAAUAAAAUUGACAGCACAGACAUGAAACCUGACGAACUAAGUGGGUUUGGCACUGACUUCUCUUCAUCCGUUGACGGAACACCAGAAAAAGCGCAAGGGAAAGAAGAGAAACUUCCCCCAAUAUCAUCGAAUCUUGAUUACUACUCGGCGGUAAGAGAGAAAUUGUCAAAACCUUCUUUUAGUUGGAACACGUAAAGCCAGAAGAUGAAGAUGUGAUCGAUAUCAUUGAACCCGUCGAUGCAGUGACCCCUGCACGAAAGAGCAUCAACACUCCGUCGAGUCCAAAAAUUUUUGAAAAGAAAUUUAAAGAAGAACCAUUACCAACUAUCUCAGAGAACAUAGAUGAUUAUGAAGUUCAGAUAACAAAAGAGGAAACAAUACCUGUCAACAAAGAAGGGCCCACUUACACCGAUAAGAACCUCAGGCCUGAGACAACUACACCCCACUACCAAGCUAGAUCGACGCAGGGGAUUGCAACGAGUAAAUUCGAACCAUCAUCUCUUAGAACGCCAUUCCCACCUAUUGAACCCGUUCGACUAGUCCCAAGGACAAAUUUCAGACAGAAUAACGACUAUUAUGCCAUGUACUAUGACACAUAA